AAAUCCUUUCUGAAUCCACUCUACUUCUUUUUCAGGUUUGUGCACUCUGUCUUACUUUUUCAAAUAAAAUUUGUAAUAAGUUCAAAGACAUUUCAAAUGUAUUAGUUCACAUGGCAGUCUGCCUGGUACUCAAUAAACCUAUAAUGGCGGUGCGCAAGCUUCUCGAUGCCUUCAGAAAAUACUUUUCUUUUUUCAGUCAGCUGUGAAGCCAGUUAGACGCUGCUUGUUUCAGCGUAUCAUCAAAUGCAAACUGAGAACUUCUCCGAGCUGCUGAUUUAAUUUCCUGUUUUCUCUUUGAGGGGACACUCCCUAACUUCUUUCUACUUCUCUGCACUGUCUGGUGUUGACAGCCAUAUUGCGCACUCACACUCUGUCGUAUAAACCUGACCAUUACCUCUGUCAGCUUAUCAGCUCCUGUGUUCAAAACAAGACAAGAAAACUUCAAGAAAAGAAUGUCUGACACUGCCAAGUAUGGAGAAACAUUAUGAGUGCAACCUCCCCGAUUUGGUGCAUUAAGUGAGAGAACCACUGAAUAGCCAGCUAUUUACCUGAGAUUUGUAAUCCACAAAAGAAGGUACAAGAAGGAGACCGAGAAUUAAAAUUGAUAAGUCGAAGUGCUCCACAGUAUACCUUACGGAUUAUUCAUUUUUAUUACUGGCAAUUUAUACAAUUGUUUUAAUUCUUACAUCAUCAUGGAUGACACCUGCUUUCUUGAGAUGACCAACCAUCUUCAUCAACUGGAAAAAAUAAGAAACACCCCAGAAUUGAGGACUAACCUGAUUUACCAGAAGUUUUCAGCCCCUUUUCUGAAGACGUUUUCAGAACAUCAGGAAGCUCUGGAAGAAUGUCUUGGAAAAAUAGAGGAGAUUGCGUCUGCAAUGGACACAGUAAAGAGAAAUGUCUCGAUUGUCAGCGUGUCUACAGGCACUGUUGGCAUAGCAGGCGGUGUGCUGUGUAUCAUUGGCUUGGUCUUGACACCUGUCACACUUGGAGUCUCCUCAAUACUCAGUAUAGUAGGAACUGCAGUUGGAGCAGGUGCAGGUGUGGGAGAUUUAGUAACAAACAUCACCGAAGGGGCUUGUAAUGCAGUAAAGAAGAAUAAAGUUGAGGAAAUCCUGAACAAGUAUAAAAAGACAAUAGAGCCUAUUGAUGAAAGCCUCAGAAAACAAGAACUAGUUUUCAACAAGGUUUCGGAAAUAUGUAAACCGGAAUAUUUAAUAAAGAUGAUCCAAAAAAAUCAUCUAAAAACAGAUGAGACUGAAAUGUCAUAUGCUGGUAUCAAAGCUGCUGGAUCAGGAGUGGGGUUAGGCAAAGCUGCAGUAAACAUGGCAGACGACAUCGCCAAUUUGACUAGAAUUGGAGAUACAGUGAGUGAUGGUGCAGCUGUAGGACUGAGAGGAACGGGAACAGGAGCACUAAAAAUAAUGGGUGGGGUUGGUAGUAGUGUUUUUAUAGUUUGGGAUCUUUACAGAAUCUGCACAAACAGCAUAUCCCUGGCUAAAGGUAAAAAGAAUGAAACUGCAGAAAUUAUAAGGAGGACGGUGGCUGAGCUGCGGAGAGAGCUGCAGUCAUACAAACACCUUUAUGAGGUUCUGCAAAAAGGGAAAGAGGAUGCAAUCAACAACCAGAAAGCCCUGGCAAAGGAUUUUAUCCCUCAACAGCUCACAAAAUACUGGAUACAAAUGAGAUCAAGCUCACAAGAGAGAAGCUAUCCCUCAAUGGAACCUCAUUGGAACACCAGGCCUACUUACACAUCACCUCAGUCAUACCAAACUAAAUUACAAAUAAUACCAGCAGUCAAGUUAUUCUCUGGAUUUCUGGCAUCUAAAAGAAGACACGAGGACCCAAGGAAAAUCCACCAUGUCACUGUGAGAGCACAAAACUUCACACAGAGAGUAAAAUGACCAAAUUCUGAGCCCAAGACCCAGGAGAGUGGAGCUUCAGCUCAGAUUUAGUAAAAUGUAUGUUUCAGCUUCCUCAAUGACAUACAGUGAAACGAAAGCCUGUAAAGAUACAAGAAUACCUUCUAUGCACAACAAACUGUGAACAUAUAGCCCAGUAAAACAUUACUGGCUGAGUGAAUGAUGACUGAAACAAGCCACUAUGAAGAUUGUUUGAAGAAAUGUUCAGACAGGCCAUAUUUUUCUGGUUUCUCAGACAGAAUGCAAUAAAAUAAGAUGGAUUAACGAGCAGCAGGCAACACAAGUUAUCCUGAUACUUCUUAAAGAAACCAUCCCUGAAUGCUGAAUUAUGAAACAAGCCAUACUAAAGACUGCUUAAUUAUGUGCUCAACUAGGAUGCAACUUUAGCUUUUGAAAUGUUUAUUUGAUGCUUCUCAUCUUUUAAUAGAUGGUGUGCAGAUUUUUUAGCAUUGAAAAACUCUAAAUGUUUAUUUUUACUUUAUUUCUUUUGAAUAUCAAAAUCUUUGUUUAUUAAGCUGGAGAAAAUAAAUCUAGCAUGCAACAUCAGCCCAGGAAAGCAAUAUAAUUUUGUAAUGUAUACAUAUGACUGUGGUUUUGAGAUUAUUGAUUAUUUAUUUAAUCAUUGUCAACUAUUUAACUUCCAUCCAUCCAUCCAUCCAUCCAUCCAUCCAUCCAUCCAUCCAUCCAUCCAUCCAUCCAUCCAUCCAUUAUCCAACCCACUAUAUCCUAACUACAGGGUCACAGGGGUCUGCUGGAGCCAAAUCCCAGCCAACACAGGGCAUAAGGCAGGAACCAAACCGCGGGCAGGGUGCCAGCCCACCAUAGGGCACACACACAUACACCCACACACCCACACACCAAGCACACACUAGGGAAAAUUCAGAAUCUCCAAUCCACCUAACCUGCAUGUCUUUGGACUGUGGGAGGAAACCGGAGCACCCGAAGGAAACCCACGCAGACAUUGGGGAGAACAUGCAAACUCCACGCAGGGAGGACCUACAGCGCUUUGAGUACUGAGAAAAGCGCUAUAUAAAUGUAAUGAAUUGUUAUUAUUAUUAUUACCAGGGAAACGAACACAGCUAGGUCUCCUUACUGCGAGGCAGCAGCGCUACCACUGCAAACUGUUUAACUUGUUUUGUUAAUUGGAUGAAUAAAGUUAUCCAUCACCA